AUGCUGCCACACCAGUGGAUACUCUCACUCCUUCCCUCGGCCUCGAGGCUGAACAUAACCAUAUACCAGCCCAACACCCCGCUAGCUCCCAGCCCCCUCCCACCACCCGGGGCCUCAUCAGCAUGCGAUGAGAUAGUGGCCCAGUUUAUCGUGCUCUCACGCUCCACCAAAUGGAACAUCGUCGACAAGGUUCCCUUCGAGGGCGACACGUUUGAGCCCGAAGGCCUCGUGCGCCUCGGGUCUGACCUCUACAUGGUCUCCGCAGGGGAGUACAUGGAGCGCACGGUCAAGUAUUCUCCCGACGGCGGCACGUGGAUCGACGGCACGGACCGCAGCGCCGGCGCCGGGUUCGCGCACAUGAUGGUGUUCGACGGGCGCGGGCGCAGGAUCGCGGACGCCAGCAUCUCGGAGGCCGGGAGUCUCGAGUACCACAACGGGGGCAUCGAGUACGACGGCACUCACCUCUGGGCGACGCUGAGCCAGUACAGGCCCAACACGACGGGCACGCUGGUGAGGAUGGACCCGGGACGUCUGGAGCCGGAGGUCGUGCUCAAGGUCGCGGAUCACCAAGGCGGCGUGGUGCGUGAUUCGUUCGGCGGCGGUUUGCUGACGACCUUCAACUGGGGCUCAAGAGAAGCAUCGCUGUGGCCCCAGGUUCACAGCCUCGGUGCUUCGCCAAAGUUCAGUACUCCGCUCGCUACCGUGAGAAACCCGGCCCAUUACGUUGAUUACCAGGACUGCAAACAUCUAGGCCGACCUAGAUACUACGGGAAUGUGAGCGUGAUGAUAUGCUCAGGUAUCGCCAACCUAGGCGAAGGCGUGUCGAUCGGAGGACUGGCGCUGGUGGAAAUGCAUACCAUGAGACCUCUGUACGAGGUUCCGAUGAUGAUGACGAGUGAUUUAGGAGCUUUGAUUACCAAGAACCCAAUGGAUGUUGCGUUGGUCGACGGCAAAAUGCGGUUUUAUUUCUUACCAGAUGAAAGAAAUUCAACGCUGUACAUUUACGAGGCCGCAUGGGUAUGA